UUAGGGUUGACCUAAGUGUAAACCAGUUAAAUGUGAGGGGGAGACGCAGUUGUCUGUGGAAUGCCUCAGAGUGAAACCGUUCGAUCAUGAAUCUGCUUUACUGGGUCACCUCAUCAUUCUGCCUUCUUCUCUGCCUGAUAGUCUGUUCAUGCGGAGACAUUACUAUAACGGGCUUUUAUGGUCAAGAUGUCACUCUGCCAUGCAAGUAUGACUCUAAAUAUCAUGGUAAAUGUGAGAUAUGCUGGUUGAAAGGCGACAUACCAGCAAGUGGAUGUGGUGCUGAAAUUCUUACAACAAAUGGAGAUGAAGUAAACAGAAGAACAUCAACCCGAUAUACGCUAAAAGGAGACAUACAGAGCGGAGAUGUGUCUUUGACAAUCGUCAACGCCACCAAACAUGACUCUGGAAAGUAUGGCUGCCGAGUGCAUGUGCCUGGAUGGUUCAAUGAUGAAAAAUAUGUAGUUAUCUUGCUCCUUAGCGAAGCACCUACACCAAAACCUACAACACCAGUGAAUUCUUUAUUAUCAAGUACCACUGAGAUUUCAACUGAAGGGCCAUGGCUGUCUAUAUUCACAAGAGAGGCAAAUUUCACCAACACAUCCCUUCCUGUGCACAAUAAAAAUGUAAUUGAUUCAACAUACGAUAUGCUUCCUGGUAUUGUGGUGUCAGUUCUACUGCUGCUAUUUUUGGGACCUCUUGCUGUUUACUUUAUGUGGAAACAAAAGAGAAAAAGCAGAGGAACACUAGACAUAGCCUAUAACUUACAUCCUUCUGUGGUAUAUGGCAACCUGAACAGUACUGUGGGCAUUCUCAACAGGGAGACGGCCGUGGAGAAUGUCUAUCAGUUAGAUACUGAGAAUGAAUAUGAACGGUGGUCGUGAUAAUUCAUGAUCAUGAUAACUCAUGAUAUUUAAUAACGCUACACUGUACUUGUUUUAACUAAUUAGUUAUGAAAAGCUUUGAGUAAUCUGUGACUCAGAGAUAUAAUAUUUAAUACAUUUUUUUCUUUGGACUCACUUUAAUGACAUUAUAGACUCCAAAAGCUUCACAAACUGUCAAUAUGUUCCACCUUUCUGUUCCAGGUGGUCCUGCAAAUUUUCAAACAUGCUUUGUGGUGCAAUAGUUAGUACUGUACUAGUACUGUAGUAUUACUGAAGACAUGAAAAAAAAAAAAACAACUACACCCUAAGGCUUAUUAUUCAUUAACUACAAAGACUACAAGGGCAGCUGGCUGAGCUAUUCUUAGAUAAUAGAUAAUAGAAGUAUGGAAUAAAGUUUGGACCUGUUGGUUAAAUGAUGGACCGCAACUGAAGUAACAUUGUUAAAUAACUUGCUGCAUAUUAUACAAAUAUACUAAGAACGGAGUUAUAGUUAUGCUGUAUAGAGUAUGAUAGCACAUUCAGCCUUAUCUAGGCUUCUCUGGUUUCACAGUGGAAAUAAAGCUCAUCUGUAUUCCUGCUUUCAACUCCUCUUGAAGAAUAAAUUGACUGUUUAUUGUUAUUACCAUUAAAACGUCAUGCAGUGUUUAUUUUGUGUUCUUUCUGUGGUCAUCACAUUUUAGCAGUGAAAGACGAGAGUUAUAUUAAUUUUAUAAUAUAUUUUAUUUAUAUGUUAAGUUUGUUAUUCCUCUUGUGAAUAUUUUUAUACAUAAUCAAAUCUUGCUGAACAUCUAAGAUAAGAUAUUUAAUUGGCAGCAUUCAUCAUUAGAUUACAGAUUUAUGUAUUUGAUGUCAGAUUUACUACUAUUUUGCCAUUAUCUAUAUUCCAUAUAAUAAUUCAGAAGGCACGAGUAUAUUCACUGGUCAUUUUCAAUAGUAAAUAAAUGGCUAUACUGACAUUGCAGACAUCAUGACCUUUGGUUCCUAUCAGCACCAUGUAAAGGAAAUGGUAAGUUUGGUAAGUUUCUCUACAAUGAACAAUUUUACAUCAAC